AUGCAUUUGCUCUUUCAAAUAAGAACCAUUAAUUUGUCGGUUCUUUUAGUUUCAUUAGCUCUGAUACCUACUAAUAUCCAAGCACUGGACAUGGACAUUACAAAUACAGAAAGCCGCAAUGCCGGACUGGCUCUGCUAGCAAAAGGCUUAAUGGAUUACUACAAUGGCGAUGAUUACGGCGAAACACCAGGGAUGUUUUCAUCUCCAUACUAUUGGUGGGAGGCCGGUGCAGCGUGGAACUCAAUGCUGGACUAUUGGUUUUACACUGGCGAUGAAACAUACAAUGAUGUGCUCAAAAGAUCGUUGUUGUUCCAGGUUGGAGAUGACUGGGACUAUAUGCCUUCUAAUCAAACAACAACGGAAGGUAACGAUGACCAGGGAUUCUGGGGAAUCACAGUCAUGGCAGCAGCCGAAAAGAAUUUUACAAACCCUAAUGAUGACGAGCCGCAGUGGCUAUAUUUGGCACAGGCUGUCUUUAACACCAUGGCGUCACGCUGGGACACACAACACUGCGGUGGAGGACUACGCUGGCAAAUAUUUACAUGGAACAAUGGCUACAAUUACAAAAAUACAGUGUCAAACGGAUGCUUGUUCAACAUUGCCGCUAGACUUUACCGUUUCACUCAAAAUGAAACAUAUGGCGAGUGGGCUGAAAAGACUUGGGACUGGGUCGAAACCAUGGGCUACAUCAAUUCAUCAUCUGACAGCUGGCCCGUAUAUGAUGGUGGAUUUAUUUCCGAUAAUUGUACUGAGGUUUCAGCGUUAGAAUGGACUUAUAAUACCGGACUGUUUCUUUCAGGUGCAGCAUUUAUGUACAACCAUACAGGUGAUGCCAAGUGGCUUACACGAAUAACACACAUAUGGUCUCGCUCUACGGUGUUUUUUCUUGCAAACUCCAAGAUUAUGUACGAAGCUGCCUGCCAGCCAACAGGGCGCUGCAACAAUGACCAGCGCUGCUUUAAAGCCAUUUUUUCUCGAUUUUUAGGUCAUGUGUGUCUUCUGGCUCCGGAAAUGAAUGAUGAGAUCCAAACUUAUCUUUUAGCUUCAGCACAGGGUGUGAUAACGUCUUGCAGUGGCGGUACCGACGGCCAUACGUGCGGUCUUGAUUGGAGUCAAGAUGGAUGGGAUGGCAUGUACGGACUUGGUGAGCAGAUGAGCGCACUAGAGCUGCUUCUUAAUACACAGGUGUGGACACGGCCACCGCCUCUCACAAGUGACACUGGAGCAUCGUCAACAGGUAAUGGCUCUGCAGGGACAGGGUACCGUACAAAUACCUAUGUUUCAAACGAUAUUACUGUGACGUCAAAAGACCGUGCAGGAGCUGGAAUCAUCACGGCUGUUGUGAUUGUUUUGAUGCUGGGAGUUGCUUGGUGGAUGGUUGUUUAA